AUGGAGUUCCUUGAGAAGGAACUCAGAAUGAUACUGAUCAUCGUCAACGUCAACGAGAAGGCCUCAUCGGGAAGGGGCAAUCUAAAGCGGGUGCAGAGGAUAUCAAUCGAAGAUCUGCGCAAGCUGGCUCACAGGAUUGAGGACUGCAUAGAUAGCCUAAUGUACCAUGCAGUUCGCCAGCAGCAUGUGUCAAUGGCGCGCCGAUUAGUUUGUUUCCUGAGCAGGCACUACAACUUGCGGAAGUUUGCUGAGGAGCUGAAACGUCUGAGGAGGAUGCCUGCGGAAGAACAUGAACGAAGCAAAAGAUACGAGGGCCUGGACUCUCCAUCUGGGACCUCGUCGACAUGUGGCCAGCUGCUGGAGGACGACGCUUUUGACGAGCAGAUCCAGGGGCGAACAGGUGCUGACCCACCCGUUGGCAUCGGUGCUCCCCUCAAGGAGCUCGUGGAGCACUUGGCGGAGGAGGCGGAGGCGCAACGAAAGAAACUCAAGGUGAUAUCCAUUGUUGGAAUCCCUGGAUCGGGGAAGACUGUUCUGGCGUGGGCGCUGUACAAUAGCGAAGCCGGUCAGCAAUUUGGCCUUCGCGCUUGGGUCAGUGCUGCUCAAAGCGGGGCAGCCGAGGUGCUCGCGAACAUACUACACCAACUCCGCCGGCCCCGGACGUUGCUGGAUACCUCCGACGAUAUCAGACAGCUUAUUGUGGAUCUUAGACAACACUUGGAGCUGGAGAAGAAGAGCUAA